GCAGUUACUGGCAGGAAGCAGCGAACUUCUUUAACAUCGGUUCUAAUGUUCUGUUGGUUGUCGGUGAAUAUCUUAGACAGUUCACACAGUUUAGUCUAUUAUCGUUGUAAUAACUCAAUUCUUGGUUGAACCAACAACCCAUGUACCGUCACCCUAGUUGUACCCUGUUUGAUUAAUAUUUGACUAGAAAGUUCUGCCUGCACAAACCCUGCUCGUCACCUUUAAGACUUUGCAGUGCAUCAUGGGUCGGCUGGACGGGAAAGUGAUUGUGUUGUCGGCGGCCGCACAAGGAAUUGGUCGCGCAGCAGCCGUAGCAUUUGCCAAAGAGGGUGCGCAUGUCAUGGCAACUGACAUCAAUGCUGAGAAGCUGAAAGAACUGGACAGCUAUCCUAAUAUUAAGACCAAGGUUGUGGACGUGACCAAGCGGGAUCAAGUCGAGGCCUUGGCCAAUGAACUGGACCACAUCGAUGUGCUCUUCAAUGUGGCAGGGUUUGUGCAUCAUGGGACGAUCCUGGACUGUGAGGAGAAGGACUGGGACUUCACCAUGAACGUCAACGUGCGCAGCAUGUACCUGAUGAUCAAGGCAUUUCUGCCCAAGAUGUUGGCUCGCAAGUCUGGGAAUAUCAUUAACAUGGCAUCCGUGGCAUCUUCUAUAAAAGGUGUGCCACAAAGGUGUGUGUACAGCACAUCCAAGGCUGCUGUUAUCGGACUCACCAAAUCGGUGGCUGCAGAUUUCAUAGAGCAGGGCAUACGCUGCAACUGCAUCUGUCCAGGGACGGUGGAUACUCCAUCGUUGAGAGACAGAAUCCAGGCCAGACCCAACCCAGAACAGGCCUUGAAAGACUUCCUGGCCAGACAGAAAACUGGCAGGAUGUGCACGGCUGAAGAAGUGGCGCAUCUCUGUGUGUACCUGGCCUCGGAUGAGUCUGCCUAUGUGACUGGAACAGAACACAUCAUUGAUGGGGGCUGGAGACUCUGAAGUGCUUACUUUGGAACCAAAGGCCACAACUGUAUGGGAGCUUCAAAAUGCAACCUUUCAGCACUUGCAUGACAUCCUGUUUUUUUCUCUAAAAUAAUGAAAAAAAAAAAAAAACAUUUAUUUUUUGUCUGUAAUCAUUUGAAAAUUGAUCUGAAGACCAAUUGAUGAUCAUUUGUACUGCCACAAUGCCUUAAAGAAUUAGUUCACUUUCUGGAUUUUAAAGAUAGUAUUUCAGCUUUAGUGUAUGUUUUUAAACUGAAUGUUUUAAGAUGUAAAUAUAUGGCACUGUAUACUAUAAUAUUUUAACUAUCAUAGUGCCCCUUCAAAAGUUGUUCAAGGUCUGACUAACAUUAGAUGUUAUUUGUGGAUAGAUGAUACAGUUUUGUUAACUGUAGCCUCCUGCGUGAUCUUAAUGGAUAAGAUGUGUCUUCCAUUGGGCUAUACCUAUAGCACAUGGGCUAGAUUGAGUCGACAGAACAAAGGCACUGAGCUAAGGACCUUACAGAAUUAAUUUUUACUUUAAUAGGAUAGGAUUAACCCUUUCCAUCCAGAGCUAUAAAUAGACUGGUACAAUCUGCCAUUCUGUCAAACACACUAGAGUGAAAUGUAAAUUCGUGUUCCCUGUUUGAACUGCUGCCGAUGCAGACAUGUCAAACUUGUUUGAUUCAAUCAUCCUAUUAAGGUUAACCCAAAAGUUACCGAAUUUGUAAUAAACUGCUCUUUAUUACAGAA